CUCCCUCCGGAUCUCCGGCUUCCGGGACCCGGCUGACCGGCUACCAGUGCAGAGCAUCCCAGGCCCCAACCUUUCCUGGACAGCGGGACCCUCUCCCUGCGAGGUGAGGGCGUCAGGGCUUCUGAGCCAGACCCCGGAACAUUUUCUUCCUCACCACUGGGAGAGGAGCUUCUGGCUGAAUGGCAGCUGCGGAUGGCUCACGGUUUGAAGAAUUUGGUGAUGGAGCCACACUGUUAGCAGCCAACCCAGAUGCUACUGCGAUAGACAUCGAGGACCCCAGCGUAUCUUUCGGCCAUCAGCCCAGACACCCCCGGAGCUUGAGGAGAGAAGAGGAUGAGGAGCUGCUGGGGAACAACGAGUCUGACGAGACCGAGUUACUUGCCGGUCAGAAGAAAAACUCCCCCUUCUGGACGUUCGAAUACUAUCAGACGUUUUUUGAUGUGGACACUUACCAGGUCUUUGACCGAAUAAAAGGGUCUCUGCUGCCUGUUCCUGGAAAGAACUUUGUGAGGCUGUACGUCCGCAGCAAUCCAGAUCUCUACGGCCCCUUUUGGAUCUGUGCCACGUUGGUCUUUGCCAUAGCAAUUAGUGGGAACCUUUCUAACUUCCUGAUCCAUCUGGGAGAGAAGACGUACCAUUACGUGCCCGAAUUCCAGAAAGUGUCCAUCGCGGCGACUGUCAUCUAUGCCUACGCCUGGCUGGUCCCUCUGGCCCUCUGGGGAUUCCUCCUGUGGAGAAGCAGCAAAGUGAUGAGCACCGUUUCCUAUUCGUUCCUGGAGAUCGUGUGUGUCUACGGCUACUCGCUCUUCAUCUACAUCCCCACAGCGGUCCUCUGGAUCAUUCCCCAGAGAGUUGUUCGAUGGGUCCUUGUCAUGAUUGCCCUGGGCAUCUCAGGGUCUGUGUUGGCAAUGACAUUUUGGCCAGCGGUUCGUGAGGAUAACCGGCGUGUCGCCUUGGCCACCAUUGUGACAAUCGUGCUGCUUCAUGUGCUGCUGUCCGUGGGCUGUUUGGCUUACUUCUUUGAUGCUCCAGAGAUGGACCAGCUCCCAGCAGCUGUAACCACGCCCAACCAGACAGUAGCAGCGGCCAGAUCCAGCUAACCAGGAAAGCAGGUGGUGGCGUUAUGUUUCAUGCUCUCUAACUGUUGGGGUGUGGCUCUUCUGGACACAGCAUCCACUACUGGAAAGCAGAAGGGCCAGCAUCAGCAGGGCCAGCAUCAGCAGAGCCAAACUGAGUGUCCUCGCACUGAAGCCUCCUCACCCAUUUAAGAAGAAUUAAGUGUUGGUCUGGGGUGUCAGCCCCAGGAUAGAACACUUGCCUCAAAUAUGCGAGGCCCUGAAAGCCCAGCCCUGAAGUAAAGUGCAGAUGAUGCUUA